AUGGCUUUCAGGAAACUCUUGGCCGCCAGUGCACUCGUGGCGAGCUCGACAGCACAGUUUGCACAAUAUACCUCGGGUGAGGGCUUUGGACUGGCUGUCAAUGUACCUGAUAGUACCGCCUCCUCUGGAAGUGGUUCAAUCUAUCUCCAGAUCAGUGCUCCCAAAGGCACGGAAUGGAUCGGAUUCGGUCAGGGUUCCCGCAUGUCCGGGGCGAAUAUGUUCAUCGUAUAUUCGGCGGACAGCAGCAACGUCACAGUGUCACCUAGACUAGGUACUGGCCACGUUGAGCCCCAGUUAAACUCGGACGCAUCAAUAUUUGUGCUUGAAGGCACUGGCAUCACCAGUGAUGGCUCCAUGGUCGCUAAUGUUCGUUGCGACUCAUGUCUAAGCUGGAGCGGUGGCAGUAUGGACGCAACCAGCACUUCUAGCAACUGGAUAUAUGCCUACAAGAAUGGCGACCCUCUCGAUACUACAAGCACCGACGCGAGUAUUUCGGAACAUGAUGGAACCGGCACUUUGAGCUUGGAUUUGACCUCAGGAGUGGGUGGAAGUUCGUCCAAUCCUUUCAUCGCUGCUGCAGACACUCCUCCAGCUGAAAGCACAAGUGCAAGUGCAAGUGCAAGUGCAAGCGGAAGUGGUAGUGGAACAGCAACUGCUACGGAGGGUGCGUCGCAGACGGGUACCCAGACCACAGCUGCUACCGUUACGCCAUCAACAUCUAAUAUCGUCAGUGGUCCUAUUGCUAGUUCCAAUCCCUCAUCCUCAAGUGGGACCCGGACCGGGUCUACACCGAACAACACCGUCCGUACUGCUCAUGCCGCCAUCAUGUCUCUGGUCUUCGUGGUCAUGUUUCCUCUGGCUGCAUUGACCAUCUAUUUGCCUCACACCCAGAAGGUCAGACUAAUUCACGCGCCGCUGCAAGUAGUCAGCAUCAUCCUGAUGAUUGCUGGCCUUGGCCUGGGAGUUCAACUGGGCAAGCAGAUCGAUUCGCUCGAUGAAUAUCAUAUGGUCAUUGGCUACAUUAUCGUUGCCUGGAUGGUGAUUGCCCAGCCCGCCUUAGGUCUCGGGCAACAUCUGCACUUCCGCAGAAAUGGAACACGAAGUCCGAUGGGUAGUGGCCACCGCUGGCUAGGUCGGAUCAUGAUCGCGCUAGGCGUUGUCAACGGAGGCUUGGGCUUUCACCUAACUGGACCAGUUGGAAGUCGUUACGUGCCUACAUACGCCGUCAUCGUGUACAGCGCUUUUGCUGUAGUGAUGUUCCUGAUCUACAUGAGUGUGAUUGUAUUUUCCACUGCUUUCAGCAGGAAGCGGUCUGAUGCCUUGCCGGGUGAGAAGCCUCGACCAGCGACCGACGGCUACGAGAUGCACGGAAGGUCAUUCGAAUCUCAACGGAGGCAAAAUGCUUGA